GCCAUCCAAGCCAGCUAGGGUUACCUACCACCACCCCGUCCUUACCCGUCGUCGAGUCCCCAAUCCGCCGCCGCCCCCGUCGGUCGUCGCUGACCUCGACCUCGCCCCUCUCGGUUCGUACGCCGGCUACUUCCUCGACCCCGCCCCUCCGUUCGUACGCCGCCUACUCCCUCGACCCCGUCAACCGUCGCCGUUCCGUGACUAAACCAUGAAGCCUUCUGGUAAGCGUACCAGCCAACACAGGGAUCAUGACAGAGAAGACAGGGACCAAAAGCGGAGGGCGGCUCACACCCAGGAAACCUCCGGUACGGACGAAUUGGUUGUUUACCGGAUACUUUGUCCAGACAAAGUGAUUGGCAGUGUAAUUGGCAAGGGUGGCAAGGUGAUAAAUUCCAUCCGGCAACAGACGAAUGCCAAAGUCAAGAUUGUCGACCCAUACCCUGGUGCUGACAAAAGGGUUAUUUUGGUAUAUUGUUAUGUCAAGCAUAGAGACGUCAUGAUUAGCGACAUAGAUGCUGCUGAUGAUGAUAGGGAGCCUGUUUGCGCAGCACAAAAUGCAUUACUCAAGGUGCAUGAUGCAAUUGUUGAUGCUCUGGCAAUCACUAGUGACUCUGAUGAUAAAGAAGCCAACAUUCUUGUACCAGCUAGUCAAGCUGCAAGUGUCAUCGGAAAAUCUGGUUCUGUCAUCAAGAGGCUUCGCUCAGUUUCAAAAUCAUUUAUUAAAGUUAAACCAAAAGAUCCAAGUGAUGUUACACACUCAUGUGCUAUGAGUUUUGAUAAUUUCGUUCAGAUAACUGGGGACACUAGAGCUGUCAAGAAGGCAUUGUUUGCAGUAUCAACAAUUCUCUACAAAUGUCCAUCGAAGGAGAACAUUUCUCUUGAAACAUCUAUUGAUGAACAUCCUCCAACCAUUAUACUUCCUUCAGAGCUUCCAGUUUAUCCGGCUAGUAGCUUAUACUCAGUGUCAGAUGCUUCUAUGUCAUCUGGGCAUCCAAGUCUGUCUAUCUUAGGGGCAAGAAGUCGUGGUUCUCAUGUUCCUGAAUUUACUGUACCCACUGAUGCUCAUGGUGGAUUGCCCAUUUAUCAGUCUAUGGUCCCAGCUAUUCCUGCUUAUAACACCCCAAAAUGUUCAGGAGAGCUAUUGGUGCGUGUUGUAUGCCCUGGUGACAAGAUUGGGUUAGUUAUUGGUAAAGGUGGGAUGACCAUAAGGAAUAUAAGGAAAGAAAGUGGUGCAAGCGUAGAUGUUGAUGACGCAAAGAAUGAUAAGGAGGAAAGCAUAAUCACUAUUUCGUCCACUGAGGCCACCGAUGAUGUUAAGUCUGCAGCAGUGGAAGCUGUUCUUCUGCUUCAAGCAAAGAUCAAUGAUGAAACUGAAGAUAGAAUGCAUCUCCGCCUUCUUGUUCCGGGUAAUGUCAUUGGCUGCCUUAUCGGCAAGGGUGGUUCAAUCAUUAAUGACAUGCGGAGUAAGUCUAAGGCAAUUAUCCACAUAUCUAAGGGCACUAAGCCCCGGAAGGCAUCUUCCAGUGAUGAGCUCGUCGAGGUGUUUGGGGAAGUGGACAAACUGCGUGAUGCUCUUGUUCAGAUCGUUCUAAGGCUCCGGGAAGAAGUUCUGAAGGACAGCGUGGGGAGGCAAAAUUCUGCCAAGGAUGGGAAGCUAACUGUUGCCACCACUGAACCCAUGUAUUCAAGCAGCUUUCCGAUGCCAGCAUUAUUACCUUACAGUCAACAAGUCACUCCAUUGCGCCAUGAUCAAAGGGGUGAAGCUGAGCGUGGUUCGAAUGUACUUCCUCGUAGCAGCUUGUAUCAUGGAUACAGCCCCAGGCAGGCUGUAGAUGAUGGAUUUGGAGUACGCUCCUCAUACACUUCAAAGCCAUAUGGAAGACGCGUCCCGGAUAUGGAAAUGUUUAUUCCUUCUAGCGGCCUUUCAAAAGUAAUGGGGAAGCAUGGUACAAACUUGGACAACAUUAGAAAGAUUUCUGGAGCUGACAUUGAAAUUAUUGAAUCAAAAUCUUCUCGUCAUGAGCAUGUUGCUAACAUAUUUGGCACCCCUGAGCAGAGGCAGUCGGCAGAGAAUUUGAUCAAAGCUUUCAUAAUGUCUACUUAAGGAGGUUCCUGCUGUAGUUCGAAAGGAUAUAUGUCAGCUCUAUCGGACUUCUCUUGCCAUCCCGUAGAUCAAAAACUGUGUUCUCCAUCCCUUCAGCUCUCCAAUAAACCUCAUGCUUAUCUGUCUAUCUUCCUCAGACUCUCAACCAUGGCUAUACUUGUGUGGACUUGUCCGUGUUUAAUCGCAUGUUCAGAUAUUCCCGUCUAAUCUCGAUGACUGCUUCAAUCUCUCCCUAUUCAUAACCAAUUCUUUAUGCUGUCA